UCCAAAUCGGUCCAGCAUUUUAGACGAGCGUGAAACAAACAGACAGGCACUUUCACAUUUAUAGUGGUGUCGACAAUAGUAAAAUGACGCAGGGUUUUGAGAAAAAAGUUGUUGCACCACCAGAGAAUACUGAUAAUAGGUACCUACCUACUGUUAGUUGCUAGCAUUCCAAGCCCUUGCUGUACUGGAAGUAGGUAUCUUCCGCACUGCAGCCAGCAUCACAAUGUGGUACAUAGUGAUACCCCUGGCGCUGGCAGCGUACUAUCUAACACCGCGGCCGACUAUCCCUCGCAAGAUACUUAAACCAUUUAAUAAACGAACUAACAUCAGUGCCAACGCAAGCAAUACAACAGAGCCCAAACUUUUCCCGGAAGAUGCACCUGGAGAUGAUAGAAUUAUCAACCAGCUGCUGUUUAGUUUGCCAAAAAACAAAGGGUUGCCAAUAAAAAAAAUAUUUUUACCAAACGGUUUUGACGCGUGGGAUGUCCCAAGUGGUCGCAGGGAAUUCCUGAGGAACAAAUGUUCUGUGAACCGAUGCACCCUCACCGCGGACUCAAGCGACUCCGCCUCUGCUGACGCCGUCUUAUUUAAAAACAGUAACGAAAGAUUUCACCUAAGGCCCUUAUCAAACCAGACCUGGAUUUGGUACAAUUUGGAGAGUCCAUACCACACUACGCGUCUUAGAUACUCGUCUGUAGUGUUUAACUGGACGGCGACUUAUCGCAGGGACUCCGACAUAGUGACGCCUUACGCACGAUGGAUAUACUAUAAUCCUAAUAUCACCGAGAGAGAAUUAGACAGAAACUACGCAGCUAACAAAACAAAAAAGGUAGCGUGGUUCGUGUCGAACUGUCGUACGCCCAAUUCUCGGAUGCAGUACGCUUUAGCACUCAGCCAGUUUAUUCCCGUGGACAUAUACGGAGGCUGCAGCACCCACCGCUGUCCCCGCUCAGAUCCCGGGUGUUCGAAAACACUCAACAGGGAUUACAAAUUCUACUUAUCUUUCGAAAACUCCAACUGUCGAGAUUACAUUACGGAAAAGUUCUUCGUAAAUGGACUGGGGCACGACGUGCUGCCGGUGGUGAUGGGCGCACGUCCGGAGGAGUACGCAGCCGUAGCGCCGCACCACUCGUACGUGCACAUCGAGGAUUUUGAAGAUGCUGAGGAGCUCGCCGCCUACCUGCGCCGCCUGGACGAGGACGACGAGCUCUACAAUUCAUACUUUAAAUGGAAGGGUACGGGGAAGUUUAUAAACACGUAUUUCUUCUGCCGCAUAUGCGCCAUGUUGCACGCCAAUGCCCGCCGGCAGCGCACCGCACACUACACGGACGUGCAGGCGUGGUGGCACAGGAGCAAGGAUCCCUGCACGCGCGGCGAGUGGCGUAGCCACUCCACCACUCCUAUACUAUGAAAUAUUAAAAAUAUGUU